AUGGCACAAGAAAUCACCACUUUACAUUGUAACUUACUGAGUACUACCGAGGCGAUUCGACUAGGAGAUACGGAAGGGGGGCUGGUGGCCUCCAGCCCUUACCAAAAUAUAAGGCACGCAUUGUCUGUGCAACUGGACAAAUUAGCAGCCUUGCUCAGGUCGCUAGUGGCCAAACCAGACGGUCCGAACACCCUUCCAGAUGGGUUCAAACUGUUGAAUCUCAACUCAGAAGUGGCUCAAGAUUUAGAGGUGACUCAAGAUUUAGAGCCGCCUCUAAAUCUUGAGGCAGCUCAAGAUUCGGAGGUGGUUCAAGGUGCGGAGGCAGCUCAAGGUGUGGAGGCAGCUCAAAGUGUGGAGGCAGCUCAAGGUGCGGAGGUGGCUCAAGAUUUGGAAACCAUCAGCAAGGUUGAUGUUGAGGCUGUCAGUGAAGCCAAAGCCGUGGGUGAGCUCAAAACCACAGGUGAUGCGGAAGUGGUUGGUAAUAUUGAAGGAGCCAGUGAUCACUAA